CGUGUCCGCACUGGACGCGCCCACAGUGGCUUGCAAGACCUCUCGAGGCCGCGUCGCGGCUAGCAGGCCUCCGCUGCCGGCGUCUCAGCAGCAGCAAGCGCCCAGCCACGCACCCCAGACGCCCCGCAGCCCUCCCCUGUUCUCCUCCUACGCCACCGCCGAAGCGCUCCUCAUCCCGCCCGUCUCCACCGCCGCCUCACACCUCCUGCCGUACAGCAACGCCACCCCCGUCACCGUCUCCCCUCGCGCCCUACCUUCCAGACACUCCCACUCCGCACCCCAACCAGGGUCUCCAGGGCACCACCCCUGCCUCCUGCCGCCGCAUGGGGGUUCGAGUGCUACUCACCCGACCUCGCAGCAACAACCACAACCACCUCCGUACUCUCCUUGUUGUCGCAGUGGCGGCGGCGGCAGGAGCUUCAGGGGUGCGACCAUCAGCGGCGGUGGCGGGGGAGUCGAGGA